UCCCAUCAUCUUCACAAAACCAAGCUUCAUCAGCACAAACAAGCAAAUUCACUAGCUACCCAUCUCCCUAUUCUCAAUGGCAAUGGCAACCCAAGCCUCCCUCUUCACUCCAUCAACCCUCCGCACCCCAAAAUCCGGCGACCGCAUCGCCGCCGUGUUACGGAAACAACCACCGUUCCUAACCGUCCCUAGCUUCAAGUCCCCAAAAAGCAUCAUCGCCCCACGCACCAUCAAAGCCGAAGCAACCGAAGAGAAAGCCGAGACAACCGCCACAAAGGAAGCACCAGUCGGUUUCACCCCACCAGAGCUGGACCCAAACACCCCAUCACCGAUCUUCGGCGGCAGCACCGGCGGGCUUUUACGCAAAGCACAAGUGGAAGAGUUUUACGUCAUCACAUGGGAGUCACCCAAGGAACAAAUCUUCGAGAUGCCAACAGGUGGUGCAGCCAUCAUGAGACAAGGUCCGAACCUGCUGAAAUUGGCUCGUAAAGAGCAGUGCUUGGCUCUUGGGACUAGGCUUAGGUCUAAGUACAAGAUCAAGUACCAGUUUUAUAGGGUGUUCCCUAAUGGUGAGGUUCAGUAUUUGCACCCUAAAGAUGGGGUGUACCCUGAGAAGGUGAACCCCGGUCGACAAGGUGUGGGACAGAACUUUAGGAGCAUUGGGAAGAAUGUUAGCCCUAUUGAGGUUAAGUUCACUGGCAAACAAGUCUAUGAUCUGUAAUAAAUUUAUGUUCAUGUUUUGAGAUGUUUUAUUUUAAUGGUGAUUGUUGCAAUCUAAAUACACUUUUUCAAA